CUACUUUGGAAACCUCAAAAUCGCUUCAGACGAAAUUCGACAUGGAUUUAUCUCUAGAAAUCUCUUCUGCUCUACGACUUUUAGGAAAUACCACGAAUUUUGGUCAGGCUGAGUUCAAGAAAGUCCUCCAGAAAGUCACUGAUGAUUUAAUAAACUCUGGAAAGGUGCCUGUAACAUCUCCUGGAAGUGGAUCUUGCGAUGGUACAGUGGCCAGAAGUCAUGCUGCCUUAGCAACUCUCUUCGUCGAGGCCGUGAAAUCCAGUCAGGAUGGAACGAUCGUCACCUCAACUCUGGAGGACUUCAAUUGGCCAGCAGAACGCAUCUCAGAAACGGUCAAAGAGCUGGAGUCUUGUAGAGAGAAAAUACGGUCAAAACUUGCAUCAAUUGGGACUUAUCCUCCUCAUGUUGUUGAUGUAGAUUGGAAGCUGGAUUACCAUGUCCGGAGCAGUGCAGGGGAGGAGGGCGGGGGAGCCUUUUACCUGAUAACACUCCACACAGAAGAGAGCGAUGGCCGACAGGGGAAAGUGACCUUCUCUUGCUCCCUGGCGCAGCUCUCCCACCUGGUCACGCAGCUUCGGCAGGCAUCCCGAUGUAUCAAAAAAUAUGCUAAUAACAGUUGAUCAGAUUCCAUAUUUAAAUGUUUUACGUCUUUGUCUUAUGAUGGUUGCACUUGCUCAGUCAAAAUAAUUUUUGGUGCUUAUGACCUCCACCAUUUGCCUUUAUAAAGAGUAUAUGUUGUAUAUUUAUAUAUAUUCAUGCAAAAGAUGAUCCAGUAUCUUUUGGUGAAAAUAAUGAUUUUUUGAAAAGGGUUAUUAUAUUUUAUCAAUUGCAAUGUGUAAUGAUUGGAGAGUUCUAGUUUGAUAUAAAAGUUUUUCUAUAAAAUUAUUGAUAUGAUGAGAUUAGUUUUCUACAUUAUUUGUGAGGUAGUUUAUACACACUAAUACUCCAGUUGUUUCGUAAUUGAUAAACGAUCGUUUGUGUGUGUCCCCCUUUUUUUUUCCUUUUUUUUCUUUUUUUGCAAGUGAUCAUUAACAGAUGCCUCACUUUAUAUUCCUGACAUAUACUCAGGGAGAAGGUAUUAUUAUUGAUAUUAUUGAUAUUAUUGUUAUUAUCAUCACUGUUAUUAUUUUGGAUAAAAGAUAUUUCAUUAAUUUACAUAAUUCUACCAGUCACUUGGUUCUGAGCUUUGUUUAGUAUCUUUAAAAGCCAACUUAUUAUUCAGUCAGAUAUUUCUCACACUAUGCGUGCACUUGUGUUACUAGGCAGUGUAACAAAAUAAAUGUGUCUGUGAUAUGUGAUAGGUAUUCCUUGUUAUAUUGUGGCGUAUAAGCAAGGGAGAAAGUUUAUUUAAUCGUUACUAAUUCCAGAAUAUUAAAAGGUUACGAAAGCUCAUACAUGUGCCAAAUAUAGUGAUGUGAUAGUGCCAUUAUCUAUAGUCUCUGUCUCUAGCAUUCCACUUCAUUCAUGUUCAAGGGAGUACAGCCAGGUCUCACUUGGAAAGUCUUCUAUUGCAGUUUCCCUUUAGUCAGUGCCUGUUGUGUCAGCGCAUAGUGAUGCCAUGAUAAUUAUGAUUAAUUUGAAUAUUUGGUGUAAAGAAAAAAUGGAAAAAUGAAUGCCCUCCACUGCCUUAUUUUCUCAUACUCUUAUCCCACACUAUCCCUCAAGCUAGCUGAUUCUUUUCUUGGCACUGCUUAAAUCAUGUAUAUAGUAGGAUGUACUUGUAUGUAUUAGAAGAAAAUUGUGCACUCUGUGUCCUAACUCUUUUAGCUUAAACUCGAGGAAAAGUCUGAAAUAUGUGAAAAGGAACAUGUUCAAUCCCUGACUGCCUUAGGAACCGGAAAGUGUACUGACCUUUGUUUAAGGAUAUAUUAAGGCGACUGGUAUCUUAUUUCCUUUAUGGCUUAUAGUUGUCUACUAUAGUAGGUGACAAUUCAAAAUUUUUUAUCAUUUCUUUUAUCGGUUUUACUUAUUUAUUCCUCUUUGUAAAGGAUAUGCAGAGAUGUUCAAGACAUUGAAUUAGAGAGAACUUUGCAGCAUUGAUAUUUUGUAUUUUGUGGUUGAUCAUUAUCUUGACCAAUGGUCUUCAGUAUAUUUAAGACUGUGGCCCACUUCUGGCUUUCCCUAAUUAUCAUGGACCAAUAUUUUGGCCCACUAAAUGAAAACCAUUGAUUUAGAAUAAUGUAUGUGGUUUCUAAAUUAGAUAGGUGUAGAACAAAAUCAUAUUGAACUGUAUCGGAACAUGGCUGCUGUUAAGUAUCAGUUAUAGAACUUAGAUAGAACAAACUUCUGACCACAGAUCAUGUAAUUUGUUAGUUGAAAAUGGGAUAAUACCUCAGUUAUACUUUGUACCCUUAGCAUCAUCUUCACAAUGAAAUUUCAGAGAUAUUUCUGUGCAGUUUGGUUCUAUGCAAUAUGAAAGUACAGGGUUUGGCCUAAGACAGUGCA